AUGCUCACUGUCCCUGGGAAGGUGGAGCUGAUGGGUGUGCAGAGUGUGCGAAGUGGCUGCAUAGGAAGAGACGCGGUGGACGGAGAGGAUGCCAUGGUGAAAGUUGACCUCUUGCUCAUCGGAGCUGUGGCUGCUGGGACCCUGGCCAGAGCUAUCCGGAACUGGCUUCCGAGCGCAGGGAUCACAGUGGUCCAGAGUGAGGUGGCAGCGGUCGCCAGCCUGCUGGGCACGGGUGCUUUUGACAUGAUCCUCCUGAAGAUGGCAGCCUCUCCAGGAGCAGAGGACCUGGAGGCUGUGAGAGCCAUUAGAUUUGCCAAGAAAAGAACCAAACACUUGCUGUUUGUUUGUAUAAUUCCUGAGCAUUUUGAAGAUUGUAUUUCAGGGCAUGGAGCUGAUAUCAUUUUAAUCGAACCACUGACGACAGAAAAAAUGAAUAUUCUGAUAAAUUACUGGAAAAUAUAUUUCUCAAAAUCUGGUCGAGAUGAGAAGGCCCUCGUGCUCCCGGAACCUCAAGCACCCCGACAGAGACAUGCCGGCACACCCCAGGGACACUUAUCUACACAUGUCAGCCCCGAAUCUCUGGAUGAGCUUGAGCUAAAUUCUCCAUUGUCUGAUACCAAGAAAAGCCAGAGGAGCUCUCUUCACUCAAACAAGGAACGGCUGAGAAGGGAGAGGAUCAAGGAUUGCUGCGAGCAGCUCCGUGCACUCCUGCCAUUCAGGAAGGGGAGAAAGAACGAUGUGGCAUCCAUCCUGGAGGCCACCGUGCAGCAAGUGCAGCGAGUGCGGGACCGGGUGCCCCCAGACGUGCUGGGGCAGAUCACAGUCGCACUUCAGAGUAACUGGAGAUUCUGUAAGAAGCCACCCCUACCUGGCUCCUCCCUGCCCAGUGUCACAGAGACACACAGCACCGUGGAGACACAGGACACAAGUGGCCGCCUGGGGCCAGGGCUGCACCCCUCUUGUCACAUGGACAUAGAUGUCAGCGUGUCUGUGAUGGAGAUGAUGAAGCCAGCCAGGGGGCAUGUGAGUGCAUGCCCCGUACCUACCGCUGAGGACCUUUGGGAUGUUGGGGUCACAGCUUCCUCAGGCUCCACUCUAGAGAACGUGAUUGUUCUCAGCCAUGUGCGCAGACGCCCGCUGCCGGGCCUGGGGCGUCUGCUUGGGCCCUUGCCUGCAGCACUGCCUGUCAGCUGCUCUUCUGAAGUGGCCACUUCCCACGAGGACGCUGCCCACGUCUCGUCGGCUGGACCCACAGUCCCCAGGAUCCUUCCUCAGCCAGGCAGCUCCCUGGCAGACCAGUCCUGUGCCUUGUGUCCUGACCGCCCGGACAACCAGAUGACAGAAGUGGUCCAGGGGCUGGGAAGAAGAGAGAGUGCCUGGGCCCGGUGCUGCUGCCGCAAGAACCAGAAUGCUGAGCUCCGCGUCAAUUUCUCAGACUUUCCUCCAAUGAGUGGAGACAGCUGUGAGCUGCAGGCCCUUCAGAAGAUCCUCCCCUGGAGGGCAGGAUGA